AUGGUUAAGUGUGUAGCCUAAGAAUGAACAAAAAAUUGUUAACUGUUUGUUGAAUGCCCUUUUUUUUGUUUUCACAUUGGCAUUAUCUCAAAAGGCUUUUAAGUUGGGAGAAGACUUUAUCCUAGGUGUGCCCUAGAGUGUAUGCCUUUCUUUAAAAAUUAUGUCAUCUAGAUGUAGCCAGGUAGGAAGUUAAAAGUUAGACGGCUGUUGUACUAUUCCACAAUCUUAACUUCUUAGAUAACACUAGACCCGUCUCGGUAUUUAGUUAGCGUCACACUUUGUGAAUGUAUACCACUGUCUGAACAGUCUAGCGUGUGUGAUUACUGGGAUCUGCUGAAGUGUACAACUGGGAAUAUAUUCGACGAAUUUUCUGGAGAACUGACAGUAUUUCACAUGACCAGGCAAACCCAGUUGCGACCUGUAGAUUGCGCCAAUUCUAAUGAAGACAAUGCAGUUUCCGAGGGGAUCUACUUAGGUUUUUCAUUCGUCGUCUGCGCCUGUCUUUGGCAAGUGCCCUUCUUUGGUCUCAAAGAUACCGGAGAAGGAAAUAGGUCUCCGCUUGGUGCUAGCUACAUCUGGCUGGAAGUUUUAAGCAAGCACUGAUUCUUUCCAGUCUUUACCUUUAGAAGUAAGAGUCAAAGUGGGCCGAUAUUUGAAUUGAAGUACAUUCAUCCUAGACAUCAUGUCUCAGUGCACCACUACUUUCUUUAUCCCUAGAUGAAAAGCAAUGUCUAGGUUUGUCUUCGAAGUUUAAGUUGAAUCGCAGUACUCCAUAUGGCUACUUAGACCUAGCUGAGACCUACAUAUUAUGCCACAUUCAGCUCAGACAAAAUCUAUGUAUAAUAUGCUGGCGGCUGAUUUUUUCCUUCGGCAGUAAUUUCCUUUUGGUCUUGUAUGUGAAUCCUACGACCUUAGUAACAAAAAUAUCCAGCUGUCUCUUUCGGGUGCUUUUUGCUGCAAGAGCUCACAUCUAUGCCGAUAAAGACAACCUGAUGUACCAGUAGCUAUGUCACAGUACACAUUUAGCAUGUCUGAAAACGCAUGUUCUUGAAGAUGCAAGACGGUGGUAUCGCUGGUAUUGUUAUUGCCGUCGUCGCUGCCAUUAUCAUCUUUGCCGUUAUCGUCAUCUGCUACUUGAACAAGAAAAAAAAAGGCGACUUCCUGUUAGAGGAAGUGCCAGAAACGUCGAUGAAGAUCGCCUACACCAACAAGGGCGCCACCGUCAAGGAUGAAAGCGUUAACGUCAUAGACUAUACUGAGAUCCCUUUUAAAAUGCCGGAACCGGCGCCUAGGAGAGAGGCUGAACCAUCGCCGAAACACCAACAACCAGUGGUGUUCAGCAACGGCACCCUGCGGCUCAAAAUAACUGAAGACGGCGACUACGCCACUAUAGGCGCCAGAGUAAGCAUGGUGGUUAUGGAGCCGCCCAGCCGAGAGCUGCAGAGCGUGCCGGAAAAUGCUGAAAUCAUGCAUGCUGUCCAGGAGUCGGACUUUUACGAGCUUGAAGGCGACUACGCAACCCUGGACAGUGUCGCCAAGAAGCGACUCGAAAUGGACAGAGCGGAUGACAAGCAGGAAGCCAGUCAUGUCACAGUCAUACAAGUCCCCCUGGAGAAUAAUACUGACAAAGAGAAUGAGUGUGAGUACGCCACGGUGGUGCCACGAAGUUUACGGCGGAAAAACGUUGAGAGAGUGGUCAGUGGUGUACAUCAUUUGAACAGUGACCAAAGCACUGAAACAUCUCAGCCUGUAGACCACGUCGCUACGUCUCAACAGAUAGAAAAUGAACAUUUUUGAGAAUUGUGGAAAAAACUCUAAAAGGCUGAAACUGGCUAUUCUUACUGUAAUAGUGUAGCUUCGAGAAUUCUAUUUAACAAAAUUGGAACUGUUACGUCAGUGUUUAUCCGCUGUUAAAUAAGUAUUGAAUAAUAAAUCAAUUUUUAAGUAUUCCCACAGGAACAUAUUAUAAGAGAUAUGAAUUAAGUACUUUCAACAUUAUAUUUGUUAUUGGAUGGAAUUAAAUUAUUUCACUCUAAUUCUUAACGUAUGUUCCAUCUGUGGAUAAAGAAGCAGAUAAUGCAAUGUGUAAAUAUGCUUGUAAAUUGGUGUGCUAACACAUAUUGUUAAAAGGAACAAUAACAAAGUAAUAAGUACGACACUGAAUGAUAUAAUAAACGUCAGCAUAAACAUUCCACUAACCCGCUUACUGUUCAGUAUAGUUUUUUUUUCAGAUCAUCAUAAAUUAUAGUAAGGGAAAUAACACUACAUUUCCGAAAUGCGAAAUCUAGAUUUAUUGCCCUUGAGAAAGCUUGCAUAACCGUAAAUGGUACAAACAUUACUGUGGUAGCAUUUUAUGAGUAGAUCUACAUACCAAGAGAUAUUUUAAGAAAUCUAUGUUAUGAUUCAGCAAUCAUGUAAUAUUUUGUAAAUCACAGAGAUAAUUAUAUAUAUAUUUUUUUUACUUAUAUCUAUCCACUACUUUGUUUGACGGUUGGGCACCAUGCAAGAUUUGUUGACCGUCUUUCUCCAUUCCUCUCUAUCUUUUGCCUUAGAUAGAACUUCUUUCAAUGGCAGGGCCGUCCAUUCUUUUAAGAUGUCUUCCCAUCGCUUUCUCUGUAUGUCUCCUCUUCUUUUUCCUGGUACCGUUCCCUGUAGGAAGGUAUUUGCAAGUCCCGAAGACAUUGUAAUAUGGCCAUAGGCUAUGAUAGUAUACCUCUACAUUAUUUUAAUGUUACUGAUCGUUGACUAAUUUAUUAAUUUAUUUUUAUCUGAUGUAGAUUCUCGAUCGCUAUAUCAGCAAUCGGUUUUCUUCAGAAUUUGCAUCCAGUUGUCGAGAUCUUGUAUAAAUAUAAGCAUCUUCCUUCAUCUGUUGACAGAUACCAAGAACAAAUAUUAAGAAUACUUUAAAGAAAAAACAAAAGCGUAUGUUAAAUGUCAUCGUAUCAAUUGGUUUGGAUCAGUUGUGUAAUCUUGUGCACGACUGACGUAGACAUAAUAUUUUUAGAAAUAUUUUUUACCAAUUGUUUUUGUUUAGCUAUUAGCUGUCUCAAUGCACCGUGAUCCUAUCACUUGUCUGGACCAGUUGGGAAAUAAAAAGGAGGGGGGGGGAGGGGGCUAUCUUGGUGAAUGUUUACAUGAUCGUUUUUUUUAAUGCAUACAGAAAAUGUUUACUCUGGGCUCGAGUCCCCAAGGGGACUAAUUCAACUUAUACCUCAACAUAUGUCAAGUACGAUUUCUUUCCCUUAUUCAAGAUACGAAACAAAAUAUUAACAGUUUAUUAACUAAUUGAUUAAUUUCUUUUUUAUUGAUUUUUGUGUUGUGCAAUAUUUCAACUUAAUCCUAUAUUGGGUGUGGGAGAAAUAACGUGUACAAACAUUUGACUAGACAGACAGACAAAGUGAGUUCAUAAUAGCUUUGUUAAAAAAGAAAAGGAAACGAUGGGCAGACAAUGGACAAGCUCUUAAGUUCGAAGAGGAUCUUCAAUGCAGGCAUAGCGAAAUAUAAAACAACAGGGAACUGGUUCGGAGAUAUCUCUUGAAGCUCCAACAGGAUUCGAAACAAACAAAGGCGAUGAGGAAAGCGCAUAAUGGUGUCAGAAGAAGGCCAAUUUUAAGCGCACUAUAAAAACAGAGGCAGAUGUCAAGUACCAAUGACAUCUUAUAGUUUAGUCAUUUUAUUAUUUCUCCCACACCCAAUCUCGGAUCACGCAGUCAUUUUGCACACUUUUUUUUUAUUUUACGAAACAAAACAACAAUCAAUCUUAAAAGAAUUAACCAAUUAGUUAUUUUAUUAUUGGUAAGUAGUUAUUUUGUUUGGUAUCUCAAACAAGGGAAAUAAUUUGUACUUGUCUGAAGUGGUGGUAUAAACUGAAUUAGUCCCCUUUAUAAAUCGUUGCCUGAGUCUUAGUGAACACAACAUGAAAAAAAAAAAAGGACGCGACUAUAGAAACAAUAGAUUACUAUACAAUCAUACAUGUUCAUAAGUUCUCCAUUAGCAGAGUGGUAACCGUGUUGGCAUGAGAAGGCUUGAGCCAUGAGUUCGAAUUCAGGUCGCUACCCCUUUUUUUUUUUUAAUUUAAUUUUUAUAAAUGUUUUUUUUUGUAUUGUAAGUCUAUUACAGAUUUCAUUACACGACUGAUCCAAACUAAUUGAUACAAGUACGCUUCAUAUAAGCUUUGUGUUUUAAAAGUAUUUUUAUAUUUUUUUUUGUUCUUUUUAUUUAUUUAUUUAUCUUUUGCUACUUCUAGUUUUUUUUUAAUUUUAAACCAUGUCUUGAAAGUAUUGUGACAUGCUGCACCACGUGACUUGUGAGAUUAGGGACAAAGGUCAGGAAGUUCUCCUGAGCGCAAUGCAAUGUUUGUAUCAUGUUUUAUACUUCCUCCCUUAUGACGUGACCUCUUGAAGUGGAGGUUUUAUAACUUCGUGGCUUGGAGACAUUCUUCCAACUCUGCACCAUCGUUUCAGCAAACUCUAUACAUUCCUUUCAAGUGUCCCAGAAAUUAUUUCAGGACAAAAACGACUUUUUGUUUUAAAGUUUCUUUAUUGAACUUUGAACUUAUUCACUACGUACCCAUACAGCAGAUCAUCAGGGCUGCUGUCGACCACACCAUGUACCCGAUUGCUUGAUACUGUAAAUGGCGAGUCGACAUUAGGUAUUUGAACACGUCCGACACGUGAUCCCUCGGUCACGUGCACAUUGCCUUGUCCUAAUUCUAUUGUAUUGCUUUCAAAUUUGACCGAAAUUUCUCGAUUUUGACAAUAAUUUUUUUUUGAUCUCACUAUUGGGGCGGAGCUGGUUCUACCUCUACCUAUACAUUGUUUUGAAAUAUUCAUUAUUUUGUUUUGUAACACCAAAUUUAGUAUACUAUUAUUUAUUCAUUCGUUUAUUAUUAUUAUUAUUACUAUUAUUAUUAUGUCAGAAAUGAACGAGUAGUCAUUCUCUGGCGCUGCCAGGGUCGAGUUUCGCUAAAGAGAAACAAAAUUAUUAUUAUUAUUAUUAUUAUUAUUAUUAUUAUUAUUAUUAUGUCUAUUUCGUAUUGUUAUUAUUACAAUGACGUAAAGUAAAGCUAACACCACGAUAGGUUAGAAUAUUUUGACACUUUAAAUCAAAGCACUAUGUUUGUAUAUUUCAACACGACAUUCUUCGUUCAUUGUAUAUGUGAUAAAGAUGAAAUGAAUAUUAGUCAACUAUAGAAUACUGAACCCGUAUUGCUUGUUUAAACGCUUGCAUACUAUUUGCUCUAUUUAAACAGUUUGUUUAGUACUAUUUAAUGAAUUCUAUGGGCACCUGAAGGAAGACAUUUCAACAAUGCAUUCAAUAUUUUUAAAUAAAAUGAGAAUCAGUCUCCUCAAAUGAGUAUUAAAAUUGCAACAUAAAACCAACAUUUUUUUGCACUAUGAAAAAGGAGAUUAUAAUUAAAAACGCAUGGUGAUUACAA